UACUGUGCAAGGAAAAGAAUAAGAAGAGGAAAGAACAAGGUAAGGAGAGAAUAAGGCAAGGCUUGAACAAGGAAAAGAACAAGAAAAGGAAAGAAUAAGCGAGGGAGAGAAGAAGGCAGGGUUUGAACAUAGGAGCCUAUAAUCUAAAUAUGGAAUAUAUUAACAAAGUGAAUCUGCAUUCUCGGAGAUUCCAAGAUUUAGAAGAGCAAAGAAGACCCCAUAAGAGAAUCAAAAAAAAGAAACCCUAUACGAAGAAGAUACAGAGAGAAAGAAAGAGGAUUCAGGGAAUCAUAGGGUAGGUUUCUUUGGGUUUCUUUGAGUUUCUUUGAGUUUCUCUCUCUUCACUGCAAAGACAGAAAUGGGUGAAUCGCCAACUUGUCUUGUUCGAUCCUUCUCUCAAUCUGCUGGCACUACUUCCACUGAACCCGAAGAGGGAGAUCCUUAUUGUGCCCUGACAACAUCAAUCUCAUUUCGGAGGUUCAUGCUGGAAUCAUUGGCGUGUGAAAAAUGGUCGUGUUUCUCUAACAAUCAGUACUUGGAAGAAGCUAAGAAAUCUUCUAAGCCAGGUUUAGUUGCCCAGAGGAAAGCUUAUUUCGAAGCCCUUUACAACAGAAAUGGUGCUAAGAAACCUGCAGCAUUGCUUGAGGAGCAAAAUGCAGCGUGUAAUGAACCAAAUGUUAUGGAAGAGACAUCCAGAGACAGCUCAAAUCCUCCACGAAUUCCAACUAGGGCAUCAGCAAAUGGGUUAUCAGUGCAUUCUUCAACAGCUCCUCAAGAAGAAAGAAGAAGAAGUAAACCAGUGGAUGAUUGCUCAGUUUCUAGAAGGAGGAUAGCAGAUGGGAAAUCACAUGGGAUAGACCAUUUGAAGACCUCAGGUGUAUCUGGACCCAAAGCACGACGUCCCACAGUACCCUCCCCUUUUAGCUUGAGGUGUGAAGAUAGAGCGGCAAAACGUAAAGAGUUCUUUCAAAAGCUAGAAGAGAAGACAAAUGCCAAGAUCUUAGUUUCUGGAAGGAGGAUAGCAGAUGGGAAAUCACAUGGGAUAGAGUAAGAUCUUAUUUUGCCUAUGUUGUGGAUUGUAGAGUUCU